UCUAAAAUUUGCAGAAGAAGAGCAUAAAUUUGGGUUUGCAGAGAAGGACACAAAAAUGGAAGAGGUGAUCUCCGAUUCAGAGCUGAACCACGUGGCGAUGGCGGAAGCAUUCGAGAAUCUGCGAGGCAGCUUGAACCAAAUGAGGGCGCAGUGCGUCUCCAACCAGGCCACACUCCAGACCCGGUUCAUGGAGCUCCAGAUCCGCGAGGAGGAAAUCGCGCGCCGGGGGAAGCUUCUGGAAGCGAAAGAGUCCGGCUUUAGGUCGAAGGAGGUUGAGCUGGACCAAAUUGAGGAGGCGAUCACAGAGAGGCUUGUGGAAUUUGAACAGUGUAAGAGUCAAUUGGAAAGCCUUGAUUUUUUGAUUGAUGAGAAAGAGAGGAGAGUUGUGGAAGUUGAGGAAUUGAUUAGGGGGAAAGAGAGGGAGUGUGGUGUAGUCGAGAAUCGAAUCGAAGAGGGGGAUAGGAAUUUGGCUAGGGUUGGGGAGAGUGUUAAGGAAAUGGAGAAAGCUAUGGAGGUUUUGAGGUGUAAGGUUGAGUUGAAAGCGAGGGAAUUCGAGGAGGGGCUGUGGGAGAAGCUUAGGUUGAAAGAGGAAUUGUUAGAACCAAAUGUAGAUGAGCUUCGUGUUAUUGCUGAUAAUGUACAGGAGUGUAUAAAUGAGGCUCAGAGGAAGGAGAGAGAGCUCGAGUCGAGAGCUAAGGAAGUUGAGCUGGCUGAGAUGAGAGUCAAUGAGCGGCUUAAUGAGGUUCAGAGGAAGGAGAGGGAGGUUGAGUCGAAAGAGAGGCGGGUUAAUGAACGUGUUAGUAAGGUUGAAUUGAAAGAAGAGCAUUUGUGUUCGAUGGAGAAGUUGAUUGAAGGUAACAAAAGGGGUCUGGACCUGCUCAUGAAGAAUUCAGAGGAGCGCGAAAGGAAGUUGGUGUUGGUGUCUGGUGAACUUAAAAGGAAAGAGAAGGAACUUCGGCAGCAGGCUGAAGCGCUUGAAUUGAAGCGGGCGCAAUUUGAUUCUCAAGUGAAGUUUCAGCAAUUGGAAACUAUGCCUGGGACUAACAAUGCGGUUAUUCCUUCAUCUGUGACCAACAACAUUUCUUCCCUUGUCAAAGCCGAGGAACCAGAGUCUUCAUUGUCUAAACACACAGCAAGUUUUCCUUCCUCAGAUCUUCAACUAAUUGCCACCAAUGAUGAAGGAUAUGUCCCAACGUUUUUGAAUGAGAAUUUCUGUGGGAAUGAUUUCAUACAGAAUGAAUUGGCUGCUUCUCUUCGGUUGGUACCAGACCCAGCUAAACUCGUUCUGAAUAAUAUGCAAAAGUCCCUAACUCAGUACUUCAAAAAUGGAAAUUUUGAAGAAAGUAUAAUGUCAGGGAACCUUUCCAUAUUGAAGGAGCUAUUGAAUAUGUCACCAGAUAUAGGGUCUCAUCUUAAAGAAGAUGCAACAUAUCUAGCAGCCAAGUGGAAAAUAAAGAUGAGAGGCAAUACAGAAAAUUCACUGGAGAGUUUGACAUUCUUGUUGUUUCUAGCUACGUAUGGAAUUGUUCAUAUGUUGAAUGUUGAUGAGAUUGUAAAGCUUUUCGGGUUGAUUUCUCAGAGUAAAAGGGCUGUAGAAGUAUGUCACUUGCAUGCCUUUGCAGUUAAGAUCGCUGAUCUUAUUCGCAAUCUUAUUGAAAAGAAACGGCUGGCUGAGGCUGUUAGAUGUAUUUGCAUGUUGAAGUUAACUGACAUAUUCUCUCUAAAAUCACUUCUAGAAGAGUAUGUGCAGGAUGCAAUUAGGUAUUCUGAUGCAAUUUGUGGUUUAGAAAUCACUAGUGAUGAAAAGGGCAAGUUUGCAAAUGGCCAAAUGGCUGAUGCCAGAGCUUUGGUUCAAUGCGUCAAAGAAUUCAACCUUGGAUCCGAACACCCGUCCAAUGCCUUAGAAAUACAAAUAGUUCAGCUGGAAACACUGGAGGAGAACUGGAGAGUUUUGUUGCCGUCACUUUGUCCCAGUAUGGUUGGGGAACAACACGAGCGUGGAAAAAGAAAGAAGCAUAACAAUGGCACUUCUGUACUGAUGGCAUGACUUCUGUGUAAUUGCUUCCGCUUUGGAGAAGCAUGCAUAUUUUAACCGACAUUCGUGUCUAUAUGAAUCCUAGAAUCAGAGGACUCAGAGUAACUGUAAGUUUGGGCGGUCUUAGGUCUUAGCUUGUGUAUGAUUCCAGGUCAGGAUGUUUAUGUUAAUGAUGGCUAGUAUAUCUCC